UCGAUCUCCACCAAUUACUAGACGCAAAGGAUACUGAAACAAAAGCAUCUCUUUUUGUCAUUUCGCUGACUUUUUUUCUUCUAUAAAAAUACGACACUUGGAUAUCGGAAUUACUGAAUUACAUAUAAUAAAAAUCAUAUCCUCAGAAAAAAGAAAAAAAACGCAAAGAAAAGAGAAAAAUGGCUACUUUGGGUGGAAUUAGCCAGGUCGAUGGAAGCGCCAAUAGCCUGGAGAUUGAAAACCUCGCUCGUUUUGCUGUUGAUGAACACAACAAGAAAGGGAAUACGAUGCUGCAGUUUAAGAAGGUGACGAAUGUAAAACAACAAGUGGUUUCUGGGACUAUGUAUUACAUAACAUUGGAGGCGAUGGAUGGUGACAAGACGAAAGUUUAUGAAGCCAAGGUGUGGGACAAGCCAUGGAUGGAUUUCAAGGAGUUACAGGAUUUCAAGGUUAUUGGCGAUGCUCCCGCCGGUUGUACUUCCACCGCUUAAGGUGACUGGAGAUUGUAGAGGAAAGGAUAUCAGGAUACCGAAUGCGGGUUUUAAAUAAAUGUAACUGUCUUAUGUUAAUUUGGAUUUAGACUACUAAAUUCAGUGGUAUUGAACUUAAGCUUAUCUAGAACAAUGAAAGCUUAUCUAGAACAAUGAAUGAAUAACGUCUAUUGAUGCAAAGUACAUAA